ACAAAAUGACUUCUAUAAAAACCCUGGCCCGGACUGCAAUCAUUUUAUAUGCCAUAUGCUUUUUUACAAACUCUGAUGGAAGACCAAUGAUGAAAAGGUCAGUGAGUGAGAUGCAAUUAAUGCAUAACCUCGGAGAGCACCGACACACCGUGGAGAGACAGGACUGGCUUCAGAUGAAGCUGCAGGAUGUGCACAGUGCCCUGGAUGAUGCUCGGACCCAGAGGCCUCGGAACAAGGAUGACAUUGUCCUGGGUCAUAGGCUGAUCCCUGAGAAUUUGCGGGCAGCAAUGCAGAAGAAAUCCAUUGACCUGGACAAAGCUUACAUGGAUGUCCUCUUUAAAACAAAGCCGUAG